AUUUAAAUUUCGAGGUUUCCCACGCCUAGUAUAAAUAGCUACUUGGCCCCAGAAAAGAAGCAUACAGAAAAUACCAAUUAUUCAAACAACUUCUUUGCGGAGAGAGAAGAACCAACUUUCUGAGAUGGAAAAAACAGUGAAGAAGCUUCAUUCUAGCUCGGUUUCAUGGGUCAGAGGGAAGUGUAUAGGAAAAGGUUGUUUCGGCACGGUCAGCCUCGGGGUCGACAAAUCGGACGGUCGAGUUUUCGUCGUCAAGUCAGUCGAUCGCGCCACGUGUCUUCCCGCUCAGCUGGAGGCUCUCGAGAACGAAAUUCGGAUUCUCCGGUCGCUCUCCGACGGUUGUCCCUACGUCGUCAACUACCUCGGCGACGACGAAUCCCACGAGACGACGUCGUACUACAGGAACCUCCACUUGGAGUACUUGCCACGUGGCACGCUCGCUGACGUGGCCCCGAUCUUCGACGACGAGGCGGCCGUACGGUCGCUCACGUGGUGUCUUGUGUCGGCUCUCCGGCACGUGCACUCCCGGGGAAUUGUUCAUUGCGACGUCAAGGGUAAAAACGUCUUAUUGGGUCCACUCCCCGGCCAAGCCAAGCUCGCCGAUUUCGGGUCGGCUAGGGAGAUCUCCUACGGGUCAUUCGGAGCUCCGAUGUCGCCUCGAGGAAGCCCGCUUUGGAUGGCGCCGGAGGUGGUUCGCCGGGAGUCUCAGGGGCCGGAGAGCGACGUCUGGUCGUUGGGAUGCACGGUUAUCGAGAUGAUCACGGGGAAGCCGGCGUGGGAGGAUUGCGGUGCUGAAACGUUGAACCGAAUCGGACUCUCCCACAAGUUGCCGGAGUUUCCGGUCGGGUUGUCCGAAACGGGUUGCGAUUUCCUCGAGAAGUGUUUGAACAGAGACCCGACACGAAGGUGGAGCUGCGAUCGUCUGCUGCAGCAUCCAUUCCUGGCUUCUGCUGCUCCCGCGCUAGACACGGCCGCCAACUCGUCGCCCCGGUGCGUGCUCGACUGGGUCGACUCGGAGUUCGACGAUUUCGAAGACGAUCGAAAUUACAAUUCCGACGGAGGAGGUGAUAUCUCAGCGAGAGAGAGGAUCGGUAAAUUGGCGACGAACGGAGGGGCAAAUUGGGAAUCCGGUGGGUGGGAAUGGACGGUGGUGAGGUCAUCGAUUGGUGGUGGGACUGAGGCGGAAUCAGCUGGUGCGAAUUGUUGUGGCUACGAGGAAGGGAUAAAUUCGGAAUAUUCGGACUUUUCGAGGUCAGAACGGGAAAUAGUGGGGACAAGUUCGGAAUAUUCCGAUGCCUUGGGAACAGGUUCGGAGUGGGCGUGUGGUGGCGCCGACGGGGCGCUUUGGUGCGUAGCUGGCUCGAGCUGUCGGGAUGGGUUGCACAAUGGUGAUUUGUUGAACUUGGAUAGGCCCAAAAUAAUUAGUUUUGACAGCUUGUAUAUUAGUGCAUUAUUUACAUAUUCAGUUAUAUUGAUCAUGAAGGAAUACAAUAAUAUCUUCAUUAGCUAUUAUAUUCUUCACCUUCCAUUUCUUGUCCUUGCAAUAAAUGUUCAGUUGUUAAAGUUAUUAUUUACGAACCAAUUAACCAAAGUAACAAGCAGGAGGGAGCUACAUACCCGGCGUCAGAUCGUUGACACUCGGAAGCUCCGCCUCCCACUUGAGAAGUCGCUCCUUGUCGCCGCUAUUAACACUGCCAUCGUACUAGAUCCGAGCUUCGGCGAGAGGCGGAAUCGUGGGGUGUGCUUCACGGCGUGA